CCUAAUUGAGAGCCCUAUGAUUUUCUAUUGUACUUGAAGAGAACGAACAUUGGUAAUGUUGUUUGGUAAUAAAUAUAUAUUAUUCGUGUCACACAGGGAAAAGCCACGAACAACAACACACCGUCAGCGUCCGUCCUAAGCGGAUUCUUUCUGCACGACUUUUUUUUUUUUUUUUUUUUUUUUUUUUUUCUUUUCUUUUCUUUUUUGCGCUUUAUUUAUUUAUAUAAAGGGGAAGCAAAACCAAGAUUGUGUGGCCUCUCUCUUCAGUACAAAGCGGUUAGUCCUCAUAGGCCGUGUUUGGGGUUUUAGCGAGAGAGAGAGAGAGAGAGAGAGAGAGGAAGCCAUGGCCGAAGAGGGUGUUCCCGGGGCCACCGAUUUGCCUGUGAAGAGGCCGAGAGAGGAAGAGGCAGAAAAUGGGGUAUCUGCGUCCGCUGUGUCCAUGGAGCUGGAGGGGAAUAAAGAGCAGCCUGAUUGUAUAUCCACUGUGAUUCCUGGGUGGUUCUCUGAGAUUAGCCCAAUGUGGCCAGGCGAGGCACACUCCUUGAAGGUUGAGAAGAUCUUAUUUCAGGGAAAGUCCGAAUAUCAGAGUGUCAUGGUUUUUCAGUCAUCAACGUAUGGAAAGGUUCUUAUUUUGGAUGGGGUGAUUCAGCUUACCGAACGUGAUGAAUGCGCAUAUCAAGAAAUGAUCACUCACCUUCCACUUUGCUCAAUUCCAAACCCGAAGAAGGUUUUGGUUAUUGGAGGUGGAGAUGGUGGAGUUCUGCGAGAAGUUUCUCGCCAUUCUUCUAUUGAGCAGAUUGAUAUUUGUGAAAUUGAUAAGAUGGUAGUCGAUGUUUCCAAACAGUUUUUCCCUGACAUAGCAGUUGGCUAUGAGGAUCCUCGGGUGAAUCUUCAUAUCGGAGAUGGAGUUGCGUUUUUGAAGGCUGUACCUGAAGGAACUUAUGAUGCAGUUAUAGUGGAUUCUUCUGAUCCAGUAGGUCCCGCCCAAGAGCUUUUUGAGAAGCCAUUUUUUCAAUCAGUGGCAAAUGCUCUUCGUCCAGGGGGAGUUGUGUGUACUCAGGCAGAAAGUAUAUGGCUUCACAUGGACAUCAUUGAGGGUAUUGUGGCAAACUGUCGCCAGAUAUUUAAAGGCUCUGUCAACUAUGCAUGGACCACGGUGCCUACAUACCCAAGUGGGGUGAUUGGUUUUAUGCUGUGCUCUACUGAGGGGCCACCUGUUGAUUUCAAGCAUCCAGUGAAUCCAAUUGAUGCAAAUGAAAAUAGUAACAAAUGCAAAGGACCCUUGAAAUUUUACAACUCAGAGAUCCAUACAGCAGCUUUCUGUUUGCCAUCUUUUGCAAAGAAGGUGAUCGAGUCGAAGGCAAAAUGAGGAAACUUUCUAGGUUGUGGAGCUGAUCGAUUAUCAUCUUCACUGAAUUGGUCCAUCUUGCAGUGAGCCAUGGAAUAAGUCGAGGUUUAAAUUGAUGUUGUUAGUAUUGGGAUGAGAGUUUUAGUUUGAUUAUUGAUGGAUUUAGCAAUUAAUGCUGUUCCUUAUGAUUAGGUUUCGUUAUGAAAAUUUAGUAUCCUUUCUUAGAUCUUUUAAGAGUGAAAAACAAAGAAAGGGGGAUGAAAACAUUUGAAUUAGUCAGUGCCAAGUGAUUCCCUCCCGAUUGAACUAUCCUCUGAGGUUAAGAUCUUUUAGUUAUUACAAAUUGAGCAAUAGAUCUUGUCAUUCCAAUA